GUCUUGCUCUUUCUUACACUUUGUCCUUGUGCAGAUCAAAAGUAGGAUGCACUCAAAGUGAUGCAUUGGGCCUUGCAGAGGCUGUCAUUGUUAUGAUAAAUUAAAUGGAUCAUUGCUUGUUAGGGCUUUAUGGCAGGAGGCUUUUGUUGGUGGUCUCAGUGGUCCGGUCUCCAUCCUACGAUGAAUGAAUCUCGCCCCCUCCCCGCCCCUCAUCCGCCAAUCCAGACAGCUGCAGCCAAUCACAAGCCUCCCCUCAUUGUAUACAAACAAAACACCGUGCGCCCUGCAGCCUUUAAAUCGCCCUGCAGCUGUGUGAUCAGCAGACCAGACCCGGGAGAGACAGCGCCAACAGCUUACUGCAUAAAAAGUUUCCCCAGAUUAGUUUGAAGGAUGAAUCCCAUCAGGUGCAGAGAGUCGGUUUGCAGGAAUCUGUUCGGCCCGGUGGACCACGACCAGCUGCGAAGGGACUUGAAGCAGAAGCUUAAUGAAAUUGCUGAGGAAGACAGCCGGCGCUGGAACUUUAACUUUCAGCGUGAAGCGCCGCUUCCCGGCAGGUUCCAGUGGGAGGAAAUGCCCGCAGACUGCGCUGCGCCCUUUUACCAGGAAUCCGCACAGCCCGAGGACGCUGCCCAUGCUUCGGACCCUUCGGAGGAGGUUAUCGACAGGCUGAGCGACGGCGAAGAAAGCGCAAGGGCGGACCAGGAGAACUGUUCCAGCGUCUCAAACACGCGCAAACAUCCCGUCGAGGUGACGCCAGUCAGGAGGAAGAGGACGCACUCCAAAUCUGCAGCCAAACUCAGGAACAACGCGCGAAUUACAGAUUUCUUCACAAAGAGAAGGAGGACGACAGAAACCAAGAGCAUCCUGAAUCCUUUCCACGCCAGUUCAAAUGAAGCAGCUCUGUGCAAGACAAUAAGAUGAACGCGUGUCUGAAAACUGACAUUUUUAUAUUUUCAACGAAGAGGACAAAGACCUAUUAACUGCAACAAAGUAUUUUAUUUUAUUUUAUUUUAUUUUAUUUUAUUUUAUUUGUGCUUCGACUGAAACUCUCCAAUUUUGUGUUAGUUUAUUUAUUUUAUUUAUGAAGUUUAUUUAAUACCUCUCUAUUAUUGACUUAUUUACUGCCAUUGUCGUGAUAAAUAUGUGCGUCCAACUUCUCAUUAUUCCCUUCAGCCUUGUUGGUUUGUGAACAGAAAAGUAUGAAAAACUGAAUUUAUCUUUACUUUGUGUGUCCUUCUCUGUCGUUGAUUUCCUUGAGCUGCUUCUGUUACUUGCAUACCAAAGGCACUAUUUUAUUCUUGAUAUAUGUAUUUAAAAUGAUGAUGAAAAAGAUAAAUGUUACUUUAAAAAAAAAUAAUAAUAAUAAUAAACUGUGAUCUAUGACACUAAAUC